AUGGCGAUCGCAGCAACGAUUAUUGGAGUGGCUGGGAAUGUUGUUGCAGCGUUGAUGUUUUUGUCUUCGAUACUCACUUUCAUAAGGAUUGCAAAGAAGAAAUCCACGGAAUCCUUCUCAUCGGUGCCCUAUAUCGCUUCGCUCCUGAAUUGUAUUCUCUGGGUUCUGUAUGGCUCGCCAAUCAACAAAAACGCAAUGCUGGUCGUCACCAUCAAUGGGCUUGGGACGGUUCUCAACGUGAUCUACGUCUUUCUUUUCUUGUUCUACGCGAGGAAAUCGCCCAAGGCAUUGAAAAGAACAUCCCUUUAUACGUUUUCGUGCUUGGCGCUCGUGGCGGCCGUGGGCUUUGGCAUAAGUCUCGGAAUCCAUAGCAAGGACACGAGGAUUACAAUCUUUGGAGUUCUUUGCAUCGUCCUCAACAUCGCGAUGUAUUGGUCACCUUUGUCCGUGAUGUACCGGAUUUUCAAGACCAAAAGUGUCGAGUUCUUACCUUUUUACCUGUGCUUGACCGUCUUCAUCAACAGUGCCCUGUGGUUUGCGUACGCGCUCUUGAAGCACGACAUUUACAUACUGGUGCCUGACGAGAAGGAAGCCGAAGAGAGUGAAUCCCCGGAUUUGGAGAGUGGAAUUGAGUUGCCCAAGCAAAAUGGGAAAUUUGUUGACGUAGCUCUGAGCACCUCUACCACGGCGACUCAAUCAUGA